AUGGAUGCGAAUGUGGAGGCUCUCCAGUCCUACCUGUCGUCUCUGGCACCCAGCAAUCCGUCCUGGCACCAGUUACAGAACAAGAGCCAACCAUCCAGCACUUUUACUGACCGCUUACAGCGAGAAUACACCUCCAAGCGCCCUGCGGUCGAACGCUCAGACAAUGAUGUAGAUUCCCUGGCCAGAGGUCCUUUCAAGGCGGCGGUGAGGAUCGAGAGGACUUCUACGGAAGGAAGAUUCCUGGUAGCUUCGCAGGACAUCCGUGCCGGGGAGGUGGUGUUCAGGGAGGCACCGCUAGUGGUUUCUCCGAAUCUUGAAGCUGGGCCCACCUGCCUGGCCUGCUUGUGCAUACUGAAGGAGGCGUGGAGAGGGUGUGGAGGGUGCGGCGCCCCGCGCUGCACGCCCCCUUGUGACGGCAUAUACCAUACAAAUAAAGAAUGCAAUAUAGUGAAACGUUUAGGACUGCAACAAGACCCAAACAGCAGGUUCAUGAGCAAGCAGCUAAAUGUCCUUCUGUCUCCACUACGAACGCUGCUGCUACUACAGGAGUUACCAGGCGUGGGAGCGGUUAUCGCAGCUCUACAAAGUAAUGUAGAAAAUCGAAGGAAACUUCCUGUUGGUCGUUUGGUAGAGGAACAGGUGAUACGGCCAAUGCAGCGAGACAUGGGGCUGCCUGUCAACUCGGAAGUGAUGCAGCAAUUGUGUGGGAUUUUUGACACCAACUGCUUCGUAAUCAGCCUCGCCAGAGGUAGAGGAGGUCGCGCACUCUUCCCGCUGGGGGCGCUGAUGAACCACUCCUGCCUGCCCAACACACAGCACUGGUACAAAGACGGUGUGUUAAUCGUCCGUUCUGUGGCGGCCAUCCCAGAGGGCGCCCCCAUCACCAACACCUACGCCCCUACGCUCUGGGGCACUCACGCCAGAGCGGCGUACAUCCAGUCCUCCAAAUUCUUCACCUGCACCUGUGAGCGAUGCGUCGACCCCACGGAACUGGGCUCACACUUGAGUUCCGUGUCGUGUCGGAAGUGCGAGGGCGGCCUACUGGUGCCCGCUCCUGACCCCCAAGUGGCUUGGGUCUGCAAUGCUUGCGGAGCCGCCGUGGAUUCGCCCGCCCUAAAUUCCUUACUUCAAGCUGCCGGAAUCGCAGCAAGCCGCGUGCCGCAGGAAGACGCAACUGCCCUAGACGCUACAGUGACGCACUUAACAAGGGUACUGGGAGGCCAGCACUACAUCACCAUUGAGCUGAAGUUCGCCCUGGUACUGGCUCUCAUGACACCCAAACUAUCAGGUGUGAGUGUGGAUGACCUCUUGCGGGUGGUGGCCCUGACCCAGGAGCUGCUGGGGCUGGCUGCUCAAGUCGACCCGGGCCUCUCCAAGUUUAGAGGCGUGAUACUUCUGGAGCUGAUACGGGCCUCAACGGAGCUACUGGAGCGUGGAAGCACUCUGGCUACUUCUAAUGAUGGUUCCAGUGGUGUUGCUAUGGAAACAUUCCCUCGUACCGAUGAUAGAAAGAUCGCUACCAUCCUCGCCACCGUUACCAACACACAUCCCACCACCACAGCUGCCUGCCAACACAAGGUUCAGUUCCUGCUAAAGCUGACAGAAGAGUGUGAGGACAUUCUCCAGUAUGACUGCCGCCUGCCAGAGGUGCUCGUCCUCAAGCAACACCUCCAAUGCUUCCUAUAAAGAUCCACAUUAAAGGCCUGUUGUGAGGCUUCCUGCUAGGGGACUGUGGGUUUGGUUUGCCUUGGAGUAGCACUGUGCAUGUCUUUACUGUAUUAAUUACACAUGUAACUUUGCCCCAGAGAGCAGCUGAAUCAGAUUUGCAGUGGUGGAAAAGCAAUGAGGUCUGAAUAGCAAAGUAACAUUAGGAGCCUCGGCUAGAUAAAUGAUGAAACCCAUAGGAUUUAAUUGCCAUCAAAUCUCACUGCUGUUUGUUACUGUGAGGUCUUUUGCCUGCCACUGAUGUUAAAGCUCCUGUAAUAAUCCACUUCAGUAAAAGUUAUGUAGCAAAGUACUGCAGGGCAAUGAUGUAGAUUUACCUCAAAGGCCUACUGCAGGGAGGUAAUAAUACAGUUAGCCGGUCGGCCGAGCGGACAGCACGCUGGACUUGUGAUCCUGUGGCCCUGGGUUCGAUCCCAGGCGCCGGCGAGAAACAAUGGGCAGAGUUUCUUUCACCCUAUGCCCCUGUUACCUAG